AUGUCGAUACGUGAUUUAGUUGAAAGUGAUUGUGGUGGUUCCAAUCCUUUAGUUAAAUUAUCCACGCAUUACGCGCAAGACCACGCAUUUAAGGAUCAAGACCUUAAACAAUCAACUCAAACAGCAGAACUCGGCGAUCAACGUUUUUUAGAAUCAAGCACAGGAGAGUUGGCCGAUCAAUUUUUUAGUUCCGUGGAAAAUGAUACUUUCAAAAUGGAUGACCUUUUAACUGACAUGAGAGGCAUCGAAGGUUGUAGUCGUGAAAAUGCCUGGCCCACUCAAUUUACAAAAAAAAUUGAAGAACAGGACCAGCUGUUCGAUCCAAACAUUUGGAGUUCUAGAGACAAUAAAAUGCUUAUGAAAGAUGAAGUUGAUGAUUUCGGUUAUAAUUCUGAAUGGGUAAAAGAAAUAGAGCAAUCUUAUCAAAACCAGGAGAUUAAUGAAUUGAAAUCUCGUUUUGAUUUUGAAAAGAUUAAAGAAAAUAUAAUCAUCUUGGAUGACACCGUUUCAAGUGAUAAUUUUUUGGAAUCACAAAAUAAAAUGCCCAUUGAAAAUAGUAUUGGUAUGCCAAUCAAUAAUUUUGGAAUUGAGUUGUAUGGAAACCCGUUACUUGCCAAUCAACAGUUUCAGCAGUUUAGAGAAUUUAGCCAGCGAUGGGAUAUUAAUAAUUUAUCAAAUACAAUGAUACCUAGUACAUCAAGAAUAGACGAACCAACUAUGGUUGCAGGGGGAUCUUCGAGUUUGGCUGAUCGACUGGUCGAAACUAACGAAAGUGAAAGUAAUAUCGAAAUUAGAAAUGAUCAGGCCAACUUCCAAACGUUGUAUUCUGAAUUUGAGGAAAUUAAGAACUCCGAAAGAAAACAAGAAUAUACUUUUACACCAGACAAUGAGAUGGACUCUAUAGAAAAUCCACUGACUGAGGGAAAAAGGCGUUUAGAAAAUGGUGAAUUACCAUCAGCUGUUUUGUGCUUUGAAGCUGCUGUUAAACACGACCCUACCAAUGUAGAAGCUUGGCAACUUUUAGGUACUACUCAAGCUGAAAAUGAACAAGAUCAGCUAGCUAUAAAUGCGUUAAAAAAAUGUCUUGAACUUCAACCCGAAAAUUUGACUGCUAUACUUUGUUUAGCGGCAUGUUACACAAAUGAAAGUUGCAGUUUACAAGCUUGUCGUAUGCUUAUGGAAUGGUUAAAUCAAAAUCCCAAAUACUCAGACAUUGUGAAAUCAAAAUAUACACCUGAACACCCUUUAUCAAUGAAAGUAGAUUUCAUGUUUACUACAAAAUUAUAUGAAUCUGUAAAGGACAUGUACAUAGAAGCAGCUCAAAGGAGCUUAGAAUCAGGAGAUAUAGAUGUAGAUGUCCAAAAUGGAUUGGGCGUACUGCUUAAUCUUAAUAAUGAGAACGAUAAAGCAGUUGAUUGUUUUAAAGUUGCUCUACAAAUUAGACCUGAAGAUGCUCGUUUGUGGAAUCGCUUGGGCGCAACUAUGGCUAAUGGUGGUCGAUGUGAAGAAGCCAUAGAAGCAUAUCACAACGCUUUACAAUUGUGUCCUGGUUUUGUAAGGGCUCGUUAUAAUCUAGGAAUUACUUGUAUUCAUCUAGAUACAUACAGGGAAGCCAUAGACCAUUUGUUAGAAGCGUUGAACCAACAAGCAUCAGCUGUGAGUACAAAAUGUCAAAGUCCAGCCUUAUCGGAUACUAUUUGGAGCACAUUACGUCUGGCUAUUUCAAUGGCGGAACGUCCUGAACUAUUCAAAGCUGUUAAUGAAAGGAAUUUAGAUUUAUUAAAUGAAGAAUUCCGCAAUAGAGGAUUAUACCAAAGUACCUAA